AUGUCUCAAUCACUUCUUUCACAGCUUUGGAAACAACUACAGCCAUCAAGACAUAAUAAGAGACACUCGACGCAGACUACACAGAGUACGAUAAUUCUUUUGCAGAAUGGCUUAGUCCUUCAACAUGACGAGCACGAUUCCAUCCAAGUCGUUGAAAACACCGAUAUUCUGAUAGUAGACGGUGUUAUCAAGAAAAUCGGAACAUCUGUCAAUCCUCCACCUCAUGCUGAAGUUGUCGACUGCACCAACAAGAUCAUCAGCCCUGGGUUCAUCAAUACACAUCAUCACCUUUGGCAAACGCAGCUCAAGGGUUACGGAACGGAUAAUUGCUGGUUGGAUUACUUUUCAGACGCUGAGUCCGCUAUAUCUGCAUUUUCCGACUCUGGUAUCCGAGGAGUAUUCGCAUACGGAGAAACGUUUCUGAAUCUCCAGAAAUGGGACAGCGAAUCAUGUGUCCCAAAUGCCAUGUCCAUAUCUGAGCCAUUCAUCAAGCAUGUCGAGAAUUUAGCCCAGAGAGGCCCUUUUGGGAACGGUUGUGUCUAUGUUGGUGUUUCAUUUGAUGGGUAUCAUAUGCCGCAGCAGGAAGUCGAAAAGCUAUUCCGUCGAGCGCUCAAAGCUGGCAGAGACCCUGACAAAGUAGGACCCUCUGUACCAAAGGCUCUUGAGAAGUUCUCUCUGUUCCCCGGCCCAGAAGACGACUACACUAUUGUCAUCUCGCAUGGCAACUACAUGGAUGACGAGGACUUCAACAUUCUCAAGAAACACCGCGUCCCACUAGCUUGCACACCAGCUACAGAAGCUCAAGGUUCAAUGGGCUGGCAUCUCCUAUUCGAACCAGGACUCAUCACAGCCUUGGGCGCAGAUUGUCACUGCCUCACAUCCUCUUCUCUUAUGCAAGCAGCUCGAACUGCGCUUCUUUUCUCUCGCCUACAAAAGACCCUUGAAUAUAAAGAAAAAGGCGAAAAGAUUGAUAAAUUUGAUCAAACAAGUCAUGAUGUUUUCAACAAAGCAACUAUUGAAGCCGCGAGGGCUGUUGGUAUGGAAAAUGAGAUUGGGUCUAUUGCUGUUGGCAAAAGGGCCGAUAUUCUGAUAUUCUCCAAAGAUCAAUCGUUGGCAUUUGGUGCGUCGGCCAGGGAGGAGCCAGUCUCUGCGAUCGUGACGUACAGUGAGGCUCGCGAUAUUGAGGCUGUUUUGGUAAACGGUCGCUUCAAGAAGUGGGAUGGAAAGAUGCUUCUUGUUGCGAAGGAUGGAAAGGACAUUGGACUUGGUCAGGUCUUGAAAGAGCUUGAUCAGAGUCAGAGGGAUAUCAGGCAGAAGCGAGAGUCAUGCAACACCAGCAUUCCCAAGGGACACUUUAGAAUGCUUACUUCUGACCCAUUGGAAGAAGGUGAUUACAAUUCGAAUGUGAGGACAAAAGCGCAAUGUGGUGAGAUAUGGGACAAUAGCUUCAAUAAAGCGAAUGUGAUGCUAGCUAGCCUGCUGUUGAGUAUCUGUCAUGUUAAAGGAGUGUUGAUACUGUCAUAUCUCCACCACUCAGGCAUAUGUGCAAAUGAGCGUCAAGACCAAGUUGUGUGGAACGACCUAAAGACACCACUGCUCACAAGUCUGCCCAUCACCAAUACAUCGAGACUUGCAGUUAUUGCCACACCAACGGCAGCUAGCAUGCUCAGAAGCAUAGCAACUUCCAUCGCCAAUGGUGCAACGGCCACCAAGAUGAACACACUCUCUGCACCGGAUGCCAGCCUCGGUACGGGGCUAUCAAUUUGA